AUGUAUCUCGAAGCCAUGGGCCAACCCAUCAUAGUACUCAACUCCCUCCCUGUUGUGGUCGAUCUAUUGGAGAAGCGAGCGCCCAACUUCUCCGAGCGCCCAGCGACACCUGCCUUUGAGAUCAUGAACUACAACUGGAUGUUUGGACUCAUGAGCUACAGUGAUCCAUCCUGGAAAGCCCAUCGCAAGACGUUCCACAAGUUCUUUCACCAGUCCGAAAUACCCAAGUACAGGCCUAUCCUGGAACAAGAAAUGCUCGUCUUCCUCCGCCGUCUAUCCAACAACCCUAGCGCUUUCCAUGAAGAGACUCGUUCGUACUUUGGGUCUAUCAUCAUCCGCAUCUCGUAUGGCGUGAACGACAGGGAUUACAACAACGUCCUCACAGAACGCGCUGAACGGAUUAUUAAAGGAUUCUCGGAGGUUGCACUUCCUGGAAACUAUCUGGUCAACAUAUUCCCGAGUCUCGCUUAUGUUCCUGCUUGGUUCCCUGGAGCAGGCUGGAAACGAAGAUUGAUGGAGUUGGCUGCGAACAUGAAUUCGGCUCUCCUCGACUCGUGGAGCGACGCGAAAGAAAGAGUGAGGAAUGGAUACCAAAGCGAAUUCCCGAACGUUGCAACGCAGGUCAUUGAGGCUUUGCCGGCCGAAAGUGAUCCCAGCUACCUAGAGGAGGAAGCAGUAGCGAGGAAUAGCACAGUGGUUGCAUACGUCGCUGGGGCAGAUACGACUGUCAGCUCCGCCCAUGUGUUGUUCUUUGCUCUAGCAUCUAAUCUAGAGGCUCAACGAAAGGCUCAAGAAGAACUCGACGAAGUAGUUGGAGCAGAGAGAUUACCCAUGCCUGAAGAUAUCCCCCAACUCCCGUAUAUCCAAGCUAUUGUUAAGGAGCUUUCCCGAUGGCACACCGUCGCACCGCUCUGCAUUCCCCACGCCGUGAAGGAUGAUGACGAGUACCAGGGUUACUUCCUUCCCAAAGGAAGUAUCGUGUUUCCUAACACCUGGGCUAUCAUGCACGACCCGAAGGUGUUCGAAGACCCGAUGAAAUUCAAACCAGAAAGGUACCUGAAGGAUGGAAAGAUCAACCCAGACGUUCGGGAUGCUAUAAGUGACGGAUCCUUCGGAUACGGGCGUCGAGUCUGUCCUGGGAGAUACCUCAGCAACGACGCGCUGGCAUACUUCACAGCCUGCCUCCUUUCUGUUUUUAACAUCACUCCUCCCAAAGACGAGAACGGGAAUCCGACGCAGAUGCCUGAGACUCUCGAGGUAACCUCUAAGGAACUAUUGUCAUCCCCUCUUCCAUACGAGUGCGACAUCACACUUCGCUCUGCCCGACAUGCCAUCCUCUUCUCCGAGUGA